AUGGGUAAUCAAUGUUUGUCUUGCCUAAGAAAGUUUGUUUAAAGGCAAAACAUUAAGAAUAUGUCAGAAUUACCUUAAAUUGAUAUUCAUUAGCAAGAUGAAACCUAUACAAAAGUGGAUAAUAUUGAUGAGUCAGAAAAUUAUCAUGAACAUUCAGAGGAGCAAAUUCUUGCAAUUUCAGACAAUAUAUAAGAAACUAUAGACUAAUCGAUUGAUAUCUUUCUUUACAGAAUAAAGACAACUAAAGAUUUUGAGGAGGUUUUUAAGGAUGAUUAACUUGUAAUCCUUUUUAAGAGUUUUAAAAUUGCAGAGAGAUACACUGUAAUAUAAGUAAAAUAUGAAUUCAGAAUGAAGAAGACAUCAAUAAAUGACUUUUUGAAUUAUACUUAUCUUACUAACAUUGAUUAAUUUACUACAUUGUAGACGAAUAGUGAAUUCUAACAAAUUUAUGCUAGUUUCAAGAAAAUUUAAUUUGUUGAAUCUAGAGAAUAUGUUUUCAUCAAAUAUUAGAAGCAGUUGUCUUAAAAUAAAUAUAUCUAAGUACUGCGCUCAAUUAACUCUGAUUAAUCUUAAUAAACUACAAGGGGAAUAAUUUAUAUAAGUGGUUUUCUUUUGGAAGAAAUGCAAAAUUAAGAAAUAAGAGUCUAAGCAUAUGCUGAAAUAGAUUUUAAAAUAAAAUUGCCUCCUGGUAUGAUAAAGAAGGCAUUAUCUAUUGAGCUUAAAAGGGCCCUUUAAUAAUUCAUUUAUUGA